GAUGGGCAGAUCAGCAUCCACGAUCUUUUGGACCCUCUUCAUGACAAGCCUGGCUAUAGCAAGCUUAGGAGGAGAUUGGAUCACCUGGAAAAGAAGCAGAUGCCCCUUCAGGCUCCACUUCCGAAGGUGGGGAGGGAGAAGUUGGAGAGAAAGGUGGCCUACGAGCAUUCGAAGAAGGACGUCACUAAGUGGGAGCCGUUGGUGAAGAGGAACAGAGAGGCCCCUACUCUGUAUUUUGAUGAGGAUGUGAAUUUGGGGUUCUCAACUGUUGGAGCUAUUGCUUCUGAGUUUGAACCAAGGACAGAGUUUGAGAAGAAGAUGGCUUUGCUGGUCCAUGAUCCAGAAGUUAUGGAGGCCCAUAAGAAAGAUGGUUCAAGACUUCUCGAGCUAAACAAGGAACGUGGUCUGAAAAAGCGGCAGGAGGCAGCUUAUGAAGAAGCUCGCCUUGCUCUUCAAGAGUAUGAUAAAUCUCUGAAGCAGCUUGAGGAGGAUGAUGAGAUAGAAAGCCCUGGGGUAGCAAAAGUUAGUGGUAGAAAGGUUUUUGGGGCUGCUAAAAAGCAGCCUCAAGAAUCUAAUAAGAGAAUGAGUUCAGAUAAUGUUGAUUCUAGUGACAGUGAAGGUGACAUUGAGGCCACUGAACAUGAGGAAGUUGGGCUUGGAGUAAAUAGCGAGCCAAAGGAAGUACGGUUUGGAUCUUCUCUUCAUGAUGAAUCUGAAACAGGUCAGGAUGCUGUAUUUAAGAGUUUUGAUGAUGUUAUCAAAAAUCCUGGUCCAAAGACAACAUAUGAAGUUGCGAUAUUUGCUUCAAAUUCGUGGAAAAAGAUGACAGGUGAAAAUGCAGUAAAUAGCACUACUGAACAAGCCAAGGCAGUUGAGAAUCCUCCUAUGCCCGCUCAGGAUGUCAAGGAAAUGGAUCAGAACAGUGAUUCAGAUUCUGAUGAGAAGAUGGUGGAUGGGUUUCUGUCAUCUCAUGCAAAAACUGAUUAUGAACUUCCAUCUCAAGCUGACCUUAUACACCGUGCUUUUGCUGGUGAUGAUGUGGAGGCAGAGUUUGAGAAGGACAAAAUGGAGGUACUUGAUGAAGAGAACCCUGAACCUGAAAAACCAGUUCUGGUUCCCGGAUGGGGACAAUGGACUCGCAUCCAACAGAAGAAAGGCAUGCCUUCUUGGAUGAUAGAAGAACAUAACAAUGCCAAGCGGAAGAGGGAAGAAGCCCUAAAGAAGAGGAAGGAUGCAAAUCUCAAACAUGUUAUUAUUUCAGAGAAAACUGAUAAGAAGGCAGAAAAACUUCUCACAAAGAAUUUGCCCUAUCCUUAUACAUCAAAAGAAGUCUACGAGCAGAGCAUCCGUAUGCCAAUUGGUCCUGACUACAACCCAGCAAUAUCAGUUAGAGCACUUAAUCGGCCUGCGGUUGUCAAGAGAGCUGGGAUCAUCAUUAAGCCAAUCCACUUUGAGGAGGUGGACCCCCAUGAGAAUCCAGAGGAACCCAAACGGGUUGUACAGAAGUCAGUACCAGGGCCAAAGGCAAAUAAAAGAAAAUCUGCCGGUGGAAAUCCUCGUCAAAAGGCUUCUUCCAAGAAGAGGAAUUGAGAUGUAUUUUAAUUUUGUUUAUUUAAGAUCUAGAUAGAAUCACAUCAAAAGUUUCUUCCAAGGGAUCAGUCAUGAUGAUUAUGAAUCUGGAUAAAAUUAUUUUAAUGUAAUCAAAAUUUUGAAGUUAGUCCU